GGAACGUUUUGUUUGAAUAAGUGCUUACGUCUUAUAAAAAAUGCAACUACCAAAGUUCUUGAAAUCAAUAAGGUAUUUGUUAGCAGCUAUAAACGGUUUAUUUUUGCUAACUGGAAUAACUCUUCUGAUAAUCGGUGUAGUGGUGCUGGUUGCUUUUAAUCAGUAUGAUACCUUGAUGACGAAGAGAUUCUUUACUUUAUCUGGUUUUAUUAUCGCGACCGCUGUGAUCAUCUUCCUUGCCUCUUUACUUGGAUUUUAUGGAGCUUUUUCAGAACAGUUUUACUUUAUUGCAGGGUAUGUUGUACUUCUUUUGGUUAUACUGGUAUUCGAGAUUACAAUUACGAUUUUGGGAUUCGGCCUACAAAACGAUGCAGCCAAUGAGAUAAGGGCUCCAAUGUCACAAAGUCUACAGUUUUAUGAGAGUAGAAGAGAAGUUGCUGUUAUCUGGGAUGAUUUACAAAUGGGAUUCAAAUGCUGUGGCAUCGCAGGUCGCCACGAUUGGAACCCUAAUAGAAUACCAAUAAGCUGUUGUCACAUUGACUACGGAACUAUAUCUCCCUUCGAAUGCACAGCGGCAAAUGCGUACACCGUUGGAUGUGCGAGUGUACUUGGGGAAUGGCUUGGAUACAAUGCGUAUGCUGUUGGCGUUACUGGGGCUUUUGUCACUAGUUUACAGGUAGUAAUAAUAGCUGGAGCUGCAUGGCUGGCAUACCGGUCAAGAUUUGAAGAAGUUGAACUUGAAUCCUAAAUACUCUAUAAUUAAAAACUGUUCAAUAUAAAAUAAAUAGAUAUUAAAUAAAUGACAAACACAAUCCAAAAUAUAUGUAUAAAAUGAGUUGACUUAGAAUUUGUUAGUUGUUUUUUGCAUUAAUUACUAAGAAUUGUAUACUUACUAAUAGUAAAAUUAAAAUUCAAGUGUAUUUAUGACUAAUUAAUACAAACGUUUAGAGCUGGUUAACUCUAGGUCGUGAUGAUACGUUUUUUCGAAGUUAGAAACUAUAUGCUAACAACUCACAACACAACAGACACAUUCGUUACAUCAUUUGGUAAAAUACAGUUUUUUUUUUCUAAUUUGAUUCCUAAGGCGAAGAUCUAAAAGUAUGUCCAUCAUUGAUUUUUUUUUCUUUUUAACUUUCAGACCCGACUUCGAAAUGUCAUAGGUAUUAAGGCUGGUCCGCGUCCGCCCGCAAUAUCACGCACAAGG